AUGGUCCUGCGAGUCAUUGACCUCCUGACCGUGACGGAGGCCCGGCACAUGGCGAGCGUCACCAACAAGAUUCGGACGGAGCUGCUGUCGGUCAACGACCUCUACCUGCUCUCCAGCUUCCGCCUGCCCCCUAAGCAAGGAGGGGUGUUGUUCGGGCUCUACUACAAAAAGGACAACAGCCGCUGGCUGGAGGUCUCGGUCGUCGGCAAGACCACCAAAGUCCUGCUCCGCUACCUCCGAACCGACGGGAAGGUCCAGUCCGUCAACCUGCAGAACGCCAAUCUGGCCGACGGCCGCAGCCACACCGUUCUCCUGCGGGUCAGCGGCCUGCAAGGGCGCAGCCUCUCCGUGGACCUCUAUGUGGACUGCAAGCAAGUGGACUCGAACUCAGGGCUCCCCGAGAUGCUGCCUGUCCAGAGGGACCAGGCCGAGGCAGUGGAAGUCCGGACGGGACAGAAGUCUUACCUGCGUAUGCAGGGCUUUGUUGAGUCGCUGAAGCUGAUCCUCGGAGGCUCAAUGAGUCGUGUGGGGGCCUUGAGCGAAUGUCCUUUCCAGGGGGACGAAUCCAUGCAAAACACAGUAUCCAACGUAAUCAAUUCCCUCUUUGGGGAGCAAACGAAGGCCCUGGUGAAACAACUCACGCUCUUCAACCAGCUCUUGAUGGAACUCCAGGAAGACAUGAGAGAUCAGGUGAAGGAAAUGUCCUUGAUACGCAACACCAUCAUGGAGUGUCAAGUGUGCGGGUUCCACGAACAUCGCUCCCGCUGCAACCCGAAUCCGUGCUUUCUCGGCGUCGACUGCAUGGAGACGUACGAGUACCCGGGCUACCGUUGCGGGCCUUGCCCGCCGGGUUUCGAAGGCAACGGCACUCACUGUGCCGACAUCAACGAAUGCGCCUACACCGACCCCUGUUUCCCAGGAUCCAAAUGUCUCAACACGGCGCCCGGGUUUCGGUGCGAACCAUGCCCUGCGGGUUACAAGGGGAACAUUGUCUCUGGAGUCGGAGCCGACUAUGCCAAGGCGAGCAAGCAGGUUUGCACGGAUAUCGAUGAAUGCAACGACGGCAACAAUGGAGGAUGCGAUCCCAACGCCAUCUGCACGAACACUGUGGGAUCCUAUAAAUGUGGGCCGUGUAAGUCGGGAUUUGUGGGGAACCAGACGGGAAGUUGCGCUCCAGAGAAGACCUGUCAGAGCCCGACCCAUAACCCGUGUGAUAUCAAUGGGUACUGCCUGUUUGAACGCAACGGGGACGUUUCCUGUGCGUGCAACGUGGGAUGGGCUGGCAAUGGGAACGUGUGUGGCCGAGACACGGAUAUCGAUGGCUACCCUGACGAGCCGCUGCCUUGCAUCGAUAAUCAUAAGCAUUGUGCGCAGGACAACUGCCGGUUGACUCCAAACUCGGGUCAGGAAGAUGCCGACAACGAUGGCAUCGGGGACCAAUGCGAUGAUGACGCGGACGGCGACGGGAUCAAGAACGUGGAGGACAACUGCCGCUUGUUUCCCAACAAAGACCAGCAGAACUCGGACACCGAUUCUUUCGGGGACGCCUGCGACAACUGCCCCAACGUCCCGAACAAUGAUCAGAAGGACACUGACGCCAACGGAGAAGGAGACGCCUGUGACAACGACAUUGAUGGGGAUGGCAUACCCAACGGGCUUGACAACUGCCCCAAGGUGCCCAACCCGCUGCAGACGGAUCGUGACGAAGACGGGGUGGGUGACGCCUGCGACAGUUGUCCCGAAAUGAGCAAUCCGACUCAGACAGAUGCGGACAGUGACCUGGUGGGUGACGUUUGUGACACCAAUGAGGACAGUGACGGCGAUGGCCACCAGGACAGUAAAGACAACUGCGCGGAGGUCCCCAACAGUUCUCAGCUGGAUUCGGACAAUGACGGGCUGGGAGACGAAUGUGACAAUGAUGAUGACAAUGAUGGGAUACCCGAUUACGUGCCGCCUGGCCCGGACAACUGCCGCCUGGUUGCCAAUCCCAACCAGAAGGACUCAGACGGCAACGGCGUGGGGGACGCGUGCGAGGAAGAUUUCGACAACGACACAGUGGCCGAUCAGCUAGACGUGUGUCCGGAAAGCUCCGAGGUGACGUUGACCGACUUCCGGGCAUACCAGACGGUCAUCUUGGACCCAGAAGGCGACGCCCAGAUUGAUCCCAACUGGGUGGUCCUGAAUCAGGGCAUGGAAAUUGUCCAGACGAUGAACAGCGACCCCGGCUUGGCCGUAGGAUACACAGCCUUCAACGGGGUGGACUUCGAGGGCACUUUCCACGUCAACACCGUCACCGACGACGACUACGCCGGGUUCAUCUUCGCCUACCAGGACAGCGCCAGCUUCUACGUGGUCAUGUGGAAACAGACGGAGCAGGUCUACUGGCAGGCCACCCCGUUCCGCGCCGUGGCCGAACCCGGCUUGCAGCUCAAGGCGGUGAAAUCCAAGACGGGGCCAGGGGAAUACCUCCGCAACGCUCUGUGGCACACCGGCCACACUUCCGGCCACGUGCGGCUUCUGUGGAAAGAUCCACGCAACGUGGGGUGGAAGGACAAGACCUCGUACCGCUGGCGCCUCAUCCACCGACCCCAGGUGGGCUACAUCCGGGUGCUGCUCUAUGAAGGACCUCAGCUGGUGGCUGAUUCGGGCGUCAUCCUAGACACCACGAUGCGAGGAGGGCGUCUGGGCGUGUUCUGCUUCUCCCAGGAGAACAUCAUCUGGUCCAACCUGCAGUAUCGUUGCAAUGAUACCAUCCCAGCGGACUUUGAACCAUACCGCAGGAUUUUAUUAGAAGGGCUUUGAAGGGUGUGUGUGUGUGUGUGGUUGCAGGCUUCACACAACCGUCCUAAGCGGAGGCCAAACUCUGGAAAGCCAUCUGAUGGCCGGUCCCAAGUCACCGGACCUCAUUUUUUGCCCCAUCAACCCACGCCCGCCUGCGCACGCUCCCGUUUCCGGACACACAACCGAGACGCUGACUUAGACCGAAGAGUCUUCGGCCACGGGAAUUUGCAAAGGAUGACGGGGCCGCGAGGGCUCCUGCCCAUCGAAGGGGGUUGUGACGGCGAUUGUCCCACGUCGUGCGGAUGCGAAUA